UUUUGAGCUCGGUUUGAUAAGGUUGUUUUUGUGGCGUGUGUUUUUUCUCUUCGCAUUAUUACUCAUUACAAAUUAAACGAGUGCAUUUAUAAAAAUAUUUAUUUAUAAAUUAUUGAAUUAAAAAUACAAUAAAUAACAAUAUAAAUAAAAGUAAAUAACUGUUCUUGUAGUAAACUAUAAAAUAACAUAAAAAAAGCAAAACAUUUGUGUAAAACAAAAUUGACAAAAAGUGCGUAAAUAAAAACAUACAAAAAAAAAAGCGACGACGCCCAAAAAGAACAGCAAAUUGUUGAAAUUUCUAAUAAUAAAAGUGCAAUAUUAAUUUUAUAUAGAAAACAAUAAAUUAAACAAAGUUUUUAUUGUUUAAAAAAAGAGGAUAUUUCCCUUAUAAUUGUUAAAUUUUAUUAAAGAUCUCGUAUAAAAAAGAAGCAGAAUAAUGGAGACUUCAUCAACCACAAAAACUACAACAUUAACUACACCCGCCAAGUUGUAUGGCAAAGAUUUAAGUGAAUAUGAUGAAGUGGAUGUUGAAGCUUUAUUGGCACAAUUAUCACCUGAAGAAAUUAAUAUUUUGGCCAAAGAAGUUGAUCCUGAUGAUUCUUUCUUGCCACCAGAUCAACGUUGCAGUUAUGAAUGCACCAAGGAAUCUACCGGUCCCUUGAAUCGUAAAAAGCUUAUUGAACACAUUAACAAACAGGCGAUAGAAACACCCGAUGAACCCGAAUUCGAACCCUAUGUUAAGGGUACGGUUCGUGGUAAAAAAUGGGUACCACCACCACGGGAUGUACGUGAAUUGGAAGCUGAGGAAAAGAUUGCCAUCGAUAUGGGUGAAGAGUAUGAGCAGGCUUUGAGCGAUGCUACACAAGAAGAAAUUAUUGAUUUGGCUGCCAUUUUGGGUUUCCAUUCGAUGAUGAAUCAAGAUCAAUAUCAUGCCUCUUUAUUGAACAAAGGUCAACCAGUUGGUUUGGGUUGGGAUGGCAUCACAAAGUCUACACAACAAAAAGUCUAUCCCAUGGAUCCACCCAAUAAUACAGAUGUCGAUGAAUCGAUUAAACGUGUUAAGGAAGAUGAUUCGAAAUUGAUUGAACUGAAUUUAAAUAAUAUUAAGAACAUUUCUGAUGAGAAAUUGGAGCAAUUAAUUGAAGCACUGCCUCAAAAUGAACAUUUGGAAGUUUUGUCUUUGACAAAUGUGGGUCUAACCGAUAAGACUGCUUUAUUAUUGGCCGAGGCCAUUGAGAAAAGCAAAACCUUGAGAGUAUUAAAUGUCGAAACAAAUUUCAUAAGCCCACCUGUUAUAGUAAAAUUAGUUAAAGCCCUCCUUAAAUGUCGCACCAUUGAAGAAUUCAGAGCUUCUAAUCAGCGAUCACAAGUUUUGGGCAAUAAAAUUGAAAUGGAAAUCACGGAUUUAGUGGAAAAGAACACAUCACUGCUUAGACUGGGUCUUCAUCUUGAAUUCAACGAUGCCCGUCAUAGAGUUGCUGCACAUUUGCAACGUAAUAUUGACAGAAUUGUACGUGUACAAAAGUUGAAACCCAACUUGCCAAAACUUAUUUUACCACCGGCUAAUAUUGGUAUGGAGUAUAUAGCUCCACCAACGGUAACACCAUCGCCUUCACCUUCGCCCAUACCGCGUAUCGAUUAUGAUGUUGAGGUUGACCCUGAUAAUAUGGUAAUUAGAGGUGGUGCCCUAACACCAUCUCCCUCACCAUCACCACAACCUCCACAGGAGGAUUAUGAGGUUGAGAUCGAUCCGGAUAAUAUGGUUAUCCGUGGUGGCGGUAAUAAUGUAUUUGAUUAUGAUUUUGAUUACGAAGAAGAUCAAAGCAAUCGUUUAAUUUCUUCUUCAUCGUCAUCAACUUCUAUGAGAUCGAAUAGCAAUGCUGCCAAUUUGAAUGAUAUGCCAGCUUAUAAUGAAGAUUUAACCAGCUAUAAAUCCCAUACUAAGAAAAGAUCUUGAGUUACGUCUGCAGUUCAGAUUUUUCAAUAAUCUUCACAGAAAUCCAACAAGAGUUCAGUAAACAUUUUAAAAACAAAAGUUUUUGAAAAAAACGAAAAAUAAAAAAUAUAUUUAAUCAAACAAAAAAACCAAAAAAAAAUCAUUAAAAAACUAAAAAAAAAACAAACACACUCAAAUGUCGCAUAUUUAAUUAAACUAAACUUAAAAAAGAGAGAUUUUAAAUUUAAAAGCAAAACUAAACAUUUAAAGAAAUGUGUAUAAAUUUUAAGAAAACCCUUAAAAAAACUGAAGUUAAACUAAACAAAAAGCAGCCAUUGAUGAUGAAUGAAUAUAAUAAAUAAUUACCACAACACUUCGUCGUCAACAGCAGCAGCGUGUAAAAAGAGUUUAUAAAAUAGAUAAAGAAAAUAAAGGCUUUUUGUUUAAAUCUUCAAAAAAACAAUUUUUGUAAUUAUAAGUUAAAAAAAAAAAACAAUCAGGUUUUAUAUAUUUAAAAAAGGAAACUUAAAACAAAAAUCAACGCUUUAUUUCUAACUAUAAUUUUAUAUAAAUUUUAAUAUAAAGAAAAGCACUUAUCACUAAUAUUUUGUUGAAUGAAAGAAAAAAAGAACAAUUAAAGUUAAAAUAUAAUUAUCAUCACCAUCAUCAACGUAUCCCCGUAUAAAAACUACGUAUCUCAUCAUUUAAUUUAUACUCUAAUCAAAUUCAAACCAAAAAAAAAAGAGAAAAAAAAAACUUAAAAAAAAGAAAAUUUUAAAGAAAGCACACACACACACCCAAACACAUAAGAAAACAUUAGAUGUCUUAAGGAUUGAUUAACUCUUACUAUAUAACAAGCAGUAACGAAGAAUUACGAUAAUUAAAACAAGAUUUUGUAAAAAUUUAUUACAAAAUUUAAAAUUUUGUUUUAUAGAAGUAACAAAGAAAAAACAAGAAAUUAAACUGCGAUUUACAUUUUUAAGUAAAUUUUAAAGAAUUAAAAAAAGAACACUACGAUUUUAUUAAGAAAACCAAAAAUAACAACAACUAAAUAUUUAUAAAGUGUAAAAAUAAAAAAAAAAUCUCUUCAUAAUUAAUUUUUAUUUUGAAACUACAAUAAAUCACAACUCAACACAAAAUGCUGUAAACCGAAAUAAAAACUACGUGGAUAAACUAUUUUUCGAAAACCGGAUUAAAUGAACUCAACAUAAACUAAACAAAUACGUGUUCAACGCCUGAAUCAACGUAAAUAAACGUGUGAUUAUUGUCUUGAAAUUUGUCUGAAUUAAAAAUGCAUCCAACCAAUCCAGCAACCAACACAACCAUUUACAAUUUAAAUAAUAAAUCCAGAUGUUUGUUUAAAUACCACCUUUAAAAAUUAUAUUUAUUUAAAAUAAAACAAAGAAUAUAUAAUAAUCCAAUAACUGCUUCAUCAAUACCUACCUACCAACCAACCAACAACAACAACUACACUCAAGUAACAAGUUUAAUAAUGAAUGUGGCCA